UUCAACAACACAUCUCGCGCACGUGUCCCAAGGCCUGUGUAUCUAAUCAUCACAACUCCUUGGUACAUCGCAACAUUUCGACCAAAAUGCAUGCUGUAUCAGAAUCAGUUGACUUGUAUCGUGACGCAACAUGACAGCCAUACGCGCUCCAUGUCCCAUUGUCCUGGAACACGCAAAGCUUUUGCCUUUACUUAUUUGGAUAUCGAACCAUCGAAACACGAAGGUCACGAUCUUGAUCUGUGAGACUCGUUCCGACUUCGAGACGCGUAUAAUUCUGGAGCUACUAGCGACCGGUUCGAAUAUACUCCAUCCUACCUUGGAGAGGCUCUCAAACAGCCGCUACAUUGACCUCAGAUUCUGCUCCACGGCAGAAGCAUUACAUGCAUACCUUACUGCUUAUAGUGUUAAGAGUACAGCAAGUAUCGACGAAGACACCGAGGCUUCUGUCCUCGCUAUUGUAGAUCCCAUCAAAAUGCACGAAAUGUCACCAUUAUAUUCAGCGCAGGGACUCAGUAAGUUUUUCGCAGCUGCUGUGGAUGCCUCCACUAUAUCAGGAGCGCAACUAUAUGUCGUCGAGUGCGCAGUGCCGCUGCUUCGAUCAACCUCUAUAGAUAUACCAAUGGACGAUUACAACGACACUCCAGCCGAGGCAACAUCCCCGGGACUUGAUCUCGAAGAAGUCUCUAUUGCGACUGAGAUCGACCCCUGGAAUGCCGAAGUGCCCAUUCUGAAUGCAACAACCAGGACUUUUGGCCCCGGGCAACGUGGCUGGAUGGGACGCACAGUGGGAAUCAAGAGAAUUGCAGCGAGAUGGUGUAUUUUCAAGCGAUUGGACGAAACAUAGCACUCCAUCUGCGCCUUGAAUCAAGAUCCCAUGUGUUGGCUACGAUGUGACUAGAGUGU